AUGGUGGUCGAAGAAGAUUCACGUCUCAUAAAUCUCCAACACAAGUACAACCCGACAAUGCCCGAGGUGGUGGAGGAGAUGAAGAAAAUUUGGGACAUAAGUUUCCCGGUGGCCGCCAUGAGCAUACUAAAUUACCUAAAGAACAUGACCUCCGUCAUGUGUAUGGGUCGGCUCGGUAGCCUCGAGCUCGCCGGAGGAGCCUUAGCCGUAGGUUUCACCAACAUUACCGGUUAUUCCGUCCUAUCCGGUUUAGCCACCGGUAUGGAGCCACUUUGCGGUCAAGCCAUCGGCUCCAAAAACCCUUCACUCGCUUCCUUAACCCUCAAGCGAACCAUCUUUCUCCUUCUCUUAGCUUGUCUUCCGAUCUCACUCCUAUGGCUAAACCUUCAACCUCUAAUGCUUAUCCUCCGCCAACAACAAGACAUUACUCGUGUCGCAUCUCUCUAUUGCUCUUUCUCUUUGCCUGACCUUCUCGCUAAUAGCUUCCUUCAUCCUUUACGUAUUUACUUGCGUUGUAAAGGCACCACGUGGCCAUUGAUGUGGUGCACGUUAGUCUCCGUCAUUCUUCAUCUCCCCAUUACCGCUUUCUUCACGUUUUACGUCUCUCUCGGCGUCGCUGGAGUCGCUAUUUCCUCUUUUCUGGCCAACUUCAUCUCCUUGUCGCUUCUCCUAUGCUACAUCUACUUCGAAGAAAACAACAACGACCACGACAAAAAAAGUUCCUCUCUUUGUCUUAAAACGCCGUUGAUGCUGUCUGGUUCGAGAGAUUAUUGUGACGAUGAAGUUUGGUCAACGCUGGUCAAAUUCGCGAUCCCGAGUUGUAUAGCGGUUUGUUUGGAGUGGUGGUGGUACGAAUUCAUGACGGUCCUCGCCGGAUAUCUCCCGGAGCCAACGGUCGCGUUAGCGGCGGCCGCCAUCGUGAUCCAGACCACGUCAUUACUGUAUACAAUCCCCACGGCGCUCUCCGCUGCCGUUUCGACGAGGGUGAGCAACGAGCUGGGAGCAGGACGGCCGGAGAAGGCAAGGACAGCGGCGGCAGUUUCAGUCGGAAUCGCCGUGGCCAUGUCGGUGUUCGGGCUUGUGGGAACCACCAUGGGGAGAAAGGUUUGGGGGAGAGCUUUCACGGCGGAUGGAGUUGUCCUGGAGCUGACGGCAGCGGUUCUUCCGGUGAUCGGAGCUUGUGAGCUUGCCAACUGUCCCCAAACCACAAGCUGUGGGAUCCUACGUGGCAGUGCGAGGCCACGUGUAGCGGCCAAGAUUAACUUCUACGCCUUUUAUGUAGUUGGAGCACCAGUGGCUGUUGUUUUAGCGUUUGUGUGGGACAUAGGUUUCAUGGGCCUAUGCUAUGGCUUGCUUGGGGCCCAGCUAGCUUGUGCAAUCUCCAUUUUGACCGUUGUCUAUAAGACAGAUUGGAACAAAGAGUCAUUAAAGGCUCAUGACUUGGUGGGCAGAAACGUCAUUUUACCUGAUGUCGAUGAAAAUAUUGUGAAAUGCGAAGAAGGUCUACUACUACUACUUCACUAA